AUGGCCUCAGAACUCUACAGACUGACAGCAACCGAGAUCUCAGCGAAAAUCAAGGUCGGCGAGAUCACAGUUUUGGAUUACGCCAACUCGCUUCUGAAGCGCAUCGAAGCGCGAGAUGAUGCUGUCCAAGCAUGGGCAUACUUCAAAUCCGAGUAUUUGUUAGAGCAGGCAAAGGCGCUGGAUGCCAUCCCAUCAGCUGAGCGCGGCCCUCUCCAUGGUGUCGCCAUUGCUGUCAAGGAUGUUAUUUAUACAAAAGAUAUGCCCACACAGUUCAACUCACCCAUAUAUGCCGGUGACGCACCUAGGGUAGAUGCUGGAUCAAUUGCAAUUCUUCGCAAGGCUGGCGCGCUCAUUGUGGGCAAGACUACCACAACCGAAUUUGCGGCGACAACUACAGGGCCAAAGACACGCAAUCCUCAUGACUCAAAAAGAACGCCAGGAGGUUCUUCGUCUGGCUCUGGAGCUGCGGUUGGUGAUUGCCAGGCACCCAUCGGCUUAGGAACACAGACGGGCGGCAGUACCAUUCGACCCGGCUCCUACAACGGCAUAUAUGCUCUGAAGCCUACCUGGAACUCAAUCACUCGCGAAGGACAGAAGAUCUAUUCACUCAUCUUUGAUACUCUGGGACUUUAUGCUCGCGGUGUCGCUGAUCUUGAGCUGCUGGCUGAUGCGUUCGCGCUCCAAGACGAUGAGCCCGCUCCUACCAACUUCGCUGUCAAGGGCGCAAAGUUUGCGCUUCUCAAAACGAUGGUCUGGCCUCAAGUUGGAUCCGGAACAACCGCUGCGCUUGACAAGGCCGUAUCCCUGCUCCGAGCUCAGGGCGCUGAAGUGGAAGAGAUCUCAUUCCCAUCACAUUUGGACGAUCUGCCAGCAUGGCACCGCUCUGUACUCAACUCCGAUGGCCGUACAGCAUUUUUGCCUGAAUACACCGUGGCCAAAGACAAGAUCUCCGAGCAGCUCGUAGGACAUGUCGAGAACAGCGACCAAAUUUCACGAAAAGAGCAGUUGGAUGCGUUUGAUAACAUUGCUGCCGCGAGACCAGUGGUUGACAAGAUCCUCGGUAAAUAUGACGCAGUUUUAACGCCAAGUGUACCAGACGAAGCGCCGCUGGGGAUCGAGAAGACGGGAAGUGCAGCGUUCUGCUUGAUCUGGACUGCCUUGCACACACCAGUGCUGAACGUGCCUGGGUUCAAGGGCGAGAAUGGCAUGCCGAUCGGCGUUUCUCUUGUAGCGCCGCGCUAUCAUGACAGACGUCUGCUCGCAGUUGGCAAGAGUGUCGGCGCCCUUUUCGAGGCCGAGGGAGGAUGGAAGCGAUCAGUUUAA